UGCGCGCUAGCUCCGCCCGUGUGUCUCCUCAGCCCUCAUUCAAAACAGAACACAGCUGUUGCGAGGCGCAGCGUCGUGUCCUGCACGUUAGCCCACAAACUGUUAGCUGUCUGCUGCUUUCUGAUAUACCCGCUGGAAUAUCAGAAGAAGAAAACGGCGCACUUCGUCGAGGCCACAGAGAGCAGCUGGACACACACCAUGUUGAAGCGGAGACUGUAAACAGAGGGCCACUCGUGACUGACGGCUGAAUCUCUUACACGCAGACAGACACGCACCCUGCUAAACGCGCGUCACAAUGGGCUGAGUGGCGACAGCAGGCCUUGGGCUUUGGGAACGUUUUAGCCUGAAUUUAACUACUGAUGGGAGUGGCUCACACAUGAAGGGCUACAUGACAGCAGCAGGAGCCUGCCUCAGAGAAAGACGGGACUCGACAGACCGAGACAGCAAUACAGAACAACAGGAUAACCUCACCUGUAACACCAUGCACAUCUGACACACAACUCAGGGCCGGGCGGGCUUUGCUGCAGCUGAGGAUGAUGAAUGGUCUGGUGCGCUAGAGCUGGAUGGUGUGCGAAUGAUGGACCUCCCUAAUGGCCAAUCAAGCAUCACCACCACCGCUGCAACGGUCUCUGAGAAGAGCAGCAGCUCAGAGUCUCUCAGCGAUAAGGGUUCUUCGGACCUGAAGAAGAGUUUUGAUGCCGUGGUGUUCGAUGUGCUGAAGGUUACUCCCGAAGAAUAUGCAGGCCAGAUUACGCUCAUGGAUGCUCCUGUGUUCAAAGCCAUCCAGCCAGAGGAGCUGUCGAGCUGCGGCUGGAACAAGAAGGAGAAGCACAGCUCUGCUCCAAAUGUUGUGGCCUUCACUCGCAGGUUCAACCAGACGAGUUUCUGGGUGGUACGAGAGAUCCUCCAUGCGCAGACGCUGAAGAUCCGCGCUGAGGUGCUGAGUCUGUACAUUCGCACUGCCAAGAAACUAUGUGACAUGAACAACCUCCAUGCGGUCAUGGCUGUCGUGUCAGCGUUGCAAAGUGCCCCCAUCUUCAGGCUUACCAAAACGUGGGCGUUACUGAGUCGGAAGGACAAGGCAACAUUUGAUCGCCUCGACUACCUGAUGUCCAAAGAAGACAACUAUAAACGUCUGAGAGACUUCAUAAGCAGCCAGAGCAUGGUCUCCUGUAUACCAUACCUAGGGAUGUACCUGUCCGAUCUGACGUAUAUAGACUCCGCCUACCCCUCCACGGGCAGCAUACUGGAGAACGAACAGAGAUCAAACCUGAUGAACAAUAUUCUCAGAAUCAUAUCGGACCUGCAAAGAUCCUGUACCUACGACGUAACAGUGUUGCUUCAUGUACAGAAGUAUCUGAACUCCGUCAGGUACAUCGAGGAGCUGCAGAAGUUUGUGGAGGACGACAAUUACAAGUUGUCACAGAAGAUUGAGCCAGGCACCAGCACACCACGAGCAAACGCCUCCAAAGAGGAUCUUGUCGGCCAGGAAGCGUCAGCAUCUCCUCUCUGCGGCCGUAAAUGUACGGUAGCAGCUGAAGGAACCAAAGUCCCGGCCACACCGCCCUCCCCCAGGAACCUGCUGCCCUACGGACACAGGAAGUGCCACAGCCUGGGCUACAAUUUCAUCCACAAGAUGAAUACAGUAGAGUUUAAAAGCGCUACGUUCCCCAAUGCUGGUUCUCGCCACCUGUUGGACGACAGUGUGAUGGAGAGCCACAGUCCCACCAGGGGGCAAGCAGAGAGCUCAACUCUGUCCAGUGGUAUUUCACUUGGUAGCAGCGAGGGCUCUGAGCUCAGUGAGGAGGUGUCCUGGCCAGCUUUUGAGAGGACUCGGUUCUAUCACUCUCUGGGCCCAGUCACCCGUGUGGCCCGCAUCCCCUACAGAGGAGUCCUGAGGCCCAGCAGCUCAGCGGAGUCAGAGGAGCUCGCCGUUCACUUGUACCCCGGAGCAGUCACAGUGCAGGGGGUGUUGAGACGGAAGACUGUGCUCAAGGAGGGCAAGAAACCAACCGUGGCGUCAUGGACCAAAUACUGGGUCGCUCUGUGCGGAACCCAGCUCUACUACUACACCGCCAAGUCCCUGAAGGCCACUGAGAGAAAACAUUUCAAGUCGACGUCCAGUAAGACCGUGUGUGUUGUGGGUCUCAUGGCCAUGAUGGCUGACGAUCCCGAGCAUCCUGAUGUCUUCUUGCUGACGGACUCCGAGCAAGGUAACACCUACAAGUACCAAGCAGGGAACAGAAUGAACGCUUUGCUCUGGUUCAAACAUCUGAGCGCUGCCUGCCAGAGCAAUAGGCAACAGGUGCCAGCCAAUCUGAUGUCAUUCGAGUGACCGAUGCUGAGGAGUGUAACUGAGCAAAGAGAGAGAGGGAUGAGGAAACAGACGAGGAGGAUGAGGAGUAUUGAUGACUCAGUAGUGGGAGCUUUCACUGCCAUGAGCCCUGACCGCCGAUUCUCCAAUUCUAACCCCGGCCUCACUGCAGCCUCACCUGCCGCCACUGCCUUAACCAGUACUGUGUGUGUGUGUGUGUGUGUGUGUGUGUGUGUGUGUGUGUGUGUGUGUGUGUGUGUGUGUGUGUGUGUGUGUGUGUGUGUGUGUGUGUGUGUGUGUGUGUGUGUGUGUGUGUGUGUGUGUGUGUACGUACUGACUACUGAACAAGGACCUGCACCACUGCUCUUUUCUCCCAUUUGCUCUCAGUGUCUUUUGUUUUUACUGUGCAGCACUUCAGUGGAGCCAUUCGACUUCUCCUCUUCUCUCACAGACUGUCCUCGGAUGGACAAAAAUAAUCCCCUUUUUUUCUUCUUUUUUUUUUUUUUUAAGGGGUUAACUAUUUUUAUUUGUGUCCCCGCCAUGCUCAAAUGCAAGAUAUUCACCUUUUAAUCGGCUGGACACACAAUCACAAACACGCGCGCUCCCAUCGGACUAACCCAUUGGACUUUUGGAGGGUUUGAAAACGCUUUUUUACUUACUCGGUUCCUACUUGCAAUUGUUGGUCUCUUCAUUCACUUGUGUUGGCUUGGAGUCACAUGCUUAUUUACAUGAGCCACGCACUCACACACACACACACACACACACCGGCCUAUUUGAUCGUGUUGUAAGGGCUCUGAUUCGCAAUCAAUUCCAGCAGAAACGAUUUCCCCACUUCCUGACUGUGUCUAGUUUUUAUUACAGAACUCUGCCCGCCUUUUUUCUCAUAUACUCGCUAAGUGUUCUGAACGUAUGUGUGCGUGAUUGUAUAACUGCAUUGUGUGACGAGGGUUGGGAGGGCAAAUAUUUGCUUAAAUUACAGGAAUCUCGUCUGUGUUCCACAUAGGUACGAUUGUCCCAGAAUCUAAGCUAAGACGUGUUCACAGUUGGGUAGACGAGAGUUAAUUCUUUUUACGAACCUGUAUCUUUUGUUUUUCUCCAGUGUUGUCUGCGGUCUGCCAGCGGAUGCUUGCUUUACCAGGCUCACAAACAUACUUAACACUAAAGACUUGAAACUGUGAAAGGGUCCAAGAGAGAGCGCAACGAGAACUCCUAAUACAUGAUUUUAUCUCCUCUUCUGUCUUGUUGCUUGAUAUGGUCAGAGCCUCUGGUCUGAAGCAGACAUUCAAAGCAACCUGGAGCCAUACAGAGUCUACUUUAAAUCUUGUUUGUUUAUAUUGUUUUGUGUUACAUUUUUUUUCCCCUUUUUUGGGAGGGAUGGUGCAGUUCACAGUAUUACCAUGUAGUAGAUGAUUGCACAUCAAUGUAGUUUUGUCUGUUACAUUUUUUUUUUUUUUUUUUUUUCUCUCCUUUUGGAGCAGUUAUUUUGAAUAUUUUAUGUACAUGUGAAUUUUAUUUUUUCAAAAUGUUGCCCCUUAUUCUAUUAACCAGGACCCAGCUCAAUUUUAGGCCCUAACUGUGUUACAUCUGAUUUGGAAUAAGCACCUUGGUUAUAAUUAGUGCCAAGUGAUGUAACAUCACUGUUUUUCUUCAGGUGGACGAAACGUUGCAUGAGCUGCAGUGGAAUCAGAUGUAGGUAUAGGCAUGUAACAGCCGGGAAAACCUGGGAUUAACAGUUCAUCACUGUGCAUCACCGAUGUUUCACGGUGUUUCAACGGACUAUUGCCGUUUGUUUUUGUUGGGGAGCUCAUUGCAUCCAAAUGAACAAAUGUGAUCAGGAUGGUGGAGAUGACAAUGAUGGGAGGCUUUUCGCCCAGUAAUAUUCAUCAAAUGAUGUCUUUUUUUUUUUUUUUUUUUUUUUUUUUAAACGCUGUUUACAUUGUAUGUUUACACAAUCUUUCGCCCAAAAUCACAAUCCCCUCAGUGCUCCACAUGUACUGUGUAAACCUUAGUAUUACAGUAUGUAGAAAGAAAUGUCCUGCCUAUCAAUGGGGUAUAUCAAGCUCCGAGUUAGUUUCAUGCUGUCGAUAAGGAGUGAAGGGAUGGAGAGGUGAACAAAUCCAUACUCGCAGCACUGGAUCCCCGCUAAUGUGCUUCAGUCGGUCUUCUCCAGGCUAAUAUCCAGUCGAAAGAGGCACAAUGAUGUUUUUAACGCUGUCCUCAACACAAUAUACAAGUCAACAAUUCAACUUUUUAGGUCAGACGACCCACACCAAACUGACAAUUUAGUGCCCGUAAAGAGAUGUUGAUUCCUUUGUAUGUUAACGAAAGGAGGGGUAGUGGUGGAUGAACCUGUGUAAGAGUGAAUGAGGAAUCCAAAAUACAGGCAUAUGUAAUAUGUGUAUGCAUUUGUGUGCCUGUGCACACUUGUCUAUUUUUCUAAAACAUUGUAAUUUAAGCCACAUAGGGGAAUCCCUCGUGGGGUGACCAGUUACCUAAUCUUCCGUGCGACUGACUGCCAGCUCAGGCCACAACCCCAUGCGGGCUUGUGUCGUACUGAAAGUGUGAAGAAAAAGGAGUCCUGAGCAGAUAAGAAGUGAAAAGUGGUCCUUAUCUGUGACCACUGUGGCCUGUGAAAGCGCAUUUUGCCGCACAAUGGAGCAGAGACCAGAGCUGAAGCACUAUGGAGACUGAUCAUCGCUGGUGUUUGAAUCUGAUUGGUUGGCUGGGGACACAGUGUCUGCGAUUGAAAUGGGCGAGACAGAAUUUGGGGUCAGGGGGAGACUGUUUACCUCUGUAUAUCUACAGAUGGUGGAGCUUAUAACCGGCUGUCAUUUGCAAUAUAUUGACACAUUGGCACACAGAAUUGAUGCGGUCUCCGAAAAAAGGACUGUAAACAGAAGGAGCUGGGAUGUAAACAAACCCGACGCAGACAGCCAACGUUACGUCACAUUUCCCUUCUUUCUAUUUACUUUAUCUGAUGUGAAGAGAGAUGUAACUGAUGUGGUUGAGUUACAAGUAUAUAUACAUAACCAGACCUUUUUUUUGGGGGGGACAUUUUGGGAGGUUUAAAUCCGUUUGGAUUUAACAAUCAUUUCCUCGAGAAUUACCCAGAUCAUGUCGAGCGCUUUUUGCGAGGUUUUCCCACGCUGUAACGUGAGUUUACACAAUUGUCUUUGUUUUAUUAUCCUUGUUGUACAGUGUACAGUGCUGUCAACAUAUUGGAAACACGUUUCAUUUUGGGAUGUUUUGUGGUUUUAGUCGACUCAUUUCUUAGGAUUUCAAGGCCAAUCACUACUAGCAUAAUAACCACACAGUCAUCUAUUUUAGGAUGAGAGUGGAAAAUUCAAAUGUCAGGCGCUCCUCCAUUUAAGAUCAUUUUUUGGCUAUUACAAAGAAACUUGAUGCCAUGCUUGAAAAUUCCUCCUUUCUGUGGUGAGAGUUUGUUGUUUCCUUUAAAUUGACCAUACUAUGUACAAAUGCACAAUUUGCCCUGUAUGAACUGUUUUGAGUGAAUCUGCCUUCUGAAUUCAUUAUUUUAACAGUUGAGAUGAAGGUUUUGACCGGAGGAAGCGUUUUCAGUGUGGUUAUACUGUACAAUGUGUUUGUCCUCUGAUUUGGUGGAGAAGUGGAAUCAAUGUGAAUCUGGACAGGCAUCAUUCACUGUUUACCAAGGACAUCAACAACAACAAUAACCAUUGUUCAUGUCGCUGAAGGUGACGAGGUUGACGUGUAGAUGACCUUUGACCUCCACCCUUUACCUGGCUCUGUCUGCCCUGUGUCAUAACUGUGGCGAGCGCUGUGACCUCACUGCUGAGUGAUGCGCUUCCUGGUGUGAAGACUGAGAACCAAUAAACACUCUGCCCUGUUUUUUUUUUACUCCACA